AUCCCAUUGGAGUAGAACCAUACCACCCCACUGCUCACUGCCCACUCUCUCUCUCUCUCCUCGUCCCCACUUUCUCUCUCUAUAUCUUUCCUUCUUUUAUAGAGACAACUUGCGGAUCUCUACUUAUAUGCAGUGUUAACUCCCAUUUUGCAAACAAAAACUAGCAACCCACCAAGCCGGCAAGCAAGCCCUCAAGUACCCAUAACUCCAUUUUUAGAGAGAGAAUUUUUUUUUAGAGAGAGAGAUGGAGAGUAGUUGGAACUUGUUCAACAGCAGCACCAAUAGUAGCAACAGAGGGCAGAAUGGUAAUUGCAGCAGCAACAGCCUUGCAUGGAAUAUCAGCUGCGAGCUUGGUACUUCACGGUUUGACUGGAGCAGCUGUAGUACUAACAACAACUCGUUUAACACACCCACCACCGCUGCCGCAGCCACCGUUUCCGCCGCAACCGCCACGGCGGCGCCGGCCACCGCACACCCGGGGGCGAGUGGGGUCCACGCGCUCAUGUUUUCUCACGAGGGGAACAAUGCGCACCACCACCACCACCGCUCCUCCUCUCUCUAUGCCGGUGGUGGAGGGUCCAACAACUACAACCCGGACCCGCACCUCACGUGCUUGAAGCUAGGCAAGAGGCACUAUUUCGAGGAUGCUACUGCCCUCAAUGAACGCCACGUGGGUGGUGGCUUCUCCAUAACCAAAAGAGGCAAAACUUACUACGGCGGUGUUGGUGUUGGUGUUGGUGUUGGCGGCGGCGGCGGUUUUGUGGGGCCUUCUACAUCGGUGGGUGUGACGGUGGCGUCGCCGGCCGUGGUGCCGAGGUGUCAGGUUGAAGGUUGCCACGUGGCGCUGGUGAACGCCAAGGACUACCACAAGAGGCACAAGGUUUGUGAAGUGCACUCAAAGGCACCCAAAGUGGUUGUUCUAGGGUUAGAGCAACGGUUUUGUCAACAGUGUAGCAGGUUUCAUGCAGUGACAGAGUUUGAUGAUUCCAAGAGAAGUUGUAGAAGGAGAUUAGCAGGGCACAACGAGAGAAGAAGAAAGAGCUCUCAUGAUUCUAUUGCUAGGAACUCUUCUAAAGGUUUAUUACUUCCAGGUCGUGCUCUCUCUCUUCUGUCAUCGAAGAACAAUUCUUGGAUUUCAUCAUCUGAUCUCUCCUCAAGAUGCAGCGCUGCACUACGUGAGCUGAUUGCAGAAAACCGCGCAGCCAUUCUAUCCCAGCAGCUCGUCGUUGACCGAGAUUGGCAUUGGCACAAUCAUGCAUUGGAGGACAUGAAUAGGAGCCAAUCUGCAGGUUCCUAUCCAUUGGUAACCACUCAUCACCAAGUGUUCCCGGAGCCACACAGUUGGGACCGGUUCAGUGAAGCCGGUGCCCACUUGACACUGGACCUCAUGCAAGCUCCAAGUACAGCUUUCGGGUUCUUGUCUGUGAGAGAAAAAUCUAAGGAGGAAGAAGAGUGUUCUGAGUUGUGGAGCUCCCUAGGUGGAGCUCAUGUUGUUUGAAGUUUCCAAGAGUUCAUUGAUUGUUUUAUUGUCAUAAAUUUGUCUAGUGUGAGUAGGUACCAAUUUUCUAGCAUAUUAGAUUAUUGUCCUGCAUAAUUUGUGUUGUAGUGAAUAAUUUUUGCAAAGUAUUUCAUCAUUGUUUGGUUACAAUAAUCUUAUAAUGUUAAUUGGGUGGUGUAGUUUAUAUUUUGGUGCCACCACCACACCUUGUGCAGGCAA